AUGAAGUUCGGAAAGUACCUCGCGUCACGUCAGCUCGAGCUACCCGAGUACCUGGGCUACUUCAUCGAUUACAAGGCGUUAAAGAAGUUGAUCAAGCAGUUGGGUGGAGGCAUCGACUUGGCUAGCACGGAGCCGAACAGCCAGUUCAAGAUCCAGCAGAAGCUCAAGGACAACAAGGCGAGUUUCUUUUUCCGUGUGGAGAGAGAAUUGGACAAGGUGAAUCUGUUUUACUUGGAGAAGCAGGCGAACAUGGCGAUCAAUUUGGACCUUGUGUUGAUGAAGAAGGAGGAGCUUUUCACCAAGUCGCUGGAGAUUGCUCUGGACCCGUCAUCCAGUAACUCCACGCUCAACUUCAAGAAUUCCAUCUUGUUCCUCAAUUUGUACCAGAAUUUCAAGAAGAUCCACCAGGACUUGCUCCGGUUGCAGCAGUUCAUCGAAUUGAACGAGCAGGGUUUCCUGAAAGUGGUGAAAAAGUGGGACAAGCGGUCCAAGUCCCAUACCAAAGAGCUCUUCUUGCAGACGGCGGUCAGCGUGCAGCCGGUUUUCCACAAGAAUGAGAUCAACGAGCUUUCCGAUCUUGUGAUUCAAUCCCUCUUCGAUUUAGAGUCUAUUAUGGACGGUGACUACGCUGUUUUGGAGAACUACAGGAGUACCAGACUGGCUCUGACUCCUUCCAACUACUCUGAGGCCAUUGCCAGACACGGUUCGAUCACUGGUAUUGAGCAGCAAGAAAUGAGUCUGGAUAAAUCUUCGUUUGGCACUGCUUUCCCCAGUCCCCGUCACAACUCGUUUACUGGCUUCCACACCUCCGAAAUUGAUGAUUUGUACUCGAGUUUUGUGAACGUUGCCACACUCAAAGACACUGAUGUGCCAGUAUUGAAGAGAUGGAUCGAAAAAGUGAGGUCCUCGCCAAAAGGUGCUCAAGGUGAUGCUGCGUCAAAAUACAAGUUCUCAAAGAUCUUCCUUCUUGCAAUUGGCAACCUCAAUAUCUCAGAUGGCUUCCUCAAGACGUUCCUUGACCUCAUUGACUACGACGUUGACUUCGAGUUAAGUUCAGAGGAUUUCAACAACAACAAGUCCCUUCUACACGAAUGUGUUUCUAUCCAGCCGCUGUCAGGUCAUGAAGAGCACCAGCACGUCAGCAUCAACAACGGUGUCAAGGUGGUGACUUCUGUUGAUAACGUUGAACAUUCGAGAGUUUUCAUCAUCGAGUACAUUAUUCGAAAUCUUUCGCCAGAGUCCUUGAGUCGGCUCUUAAUACGCAAAGACAUGAAUGGUAGAACUUGUUUGCAUUAUGCAUCUCAAAACAACUGCCUUGAGCUUUUGACCCUCCUUUUGCCACACUUCCCCAGGAAUCAUCUCGACGAUCUUGACAAUGAAUCUAUGUCAGCUUUGCUUCUCGCUAUAAAGCACAACAACUUUGACAUUAUCAAGAUAUUGGUGCAACAUGGAAGUAACAGGUAUCCGGUCACUAAUGAGUCCAAGCUUCAAUAUCUCCCCGUCAACUACGCUUGUAAGUUUGGUGACUAUCAAACGGUCGAAUACCUCUUGCGUUACGCGGACACUAGCCCCGAACUGAUCAACCAGCAAGACGUAGAAGGUCUUUUCCCACUUCACGUCAUUGCUCGUUCAGGCAACUAUCCUUUAAUCAAACUCUUGACCGAAUUCGGAGCCAAGGUGAACCAGCUUGAUGGUUUAAACAAGUGGCCACCCUUAUUCUAUGCUGCUGCUGAAGGACAUGUCAACACAGCGCAGGAAUUGAUCAAGUUCGGGGCAAAGCUAGAUAUUGUCGAUGAAGAUGGCUACAACGUGUUAUACUACUGUGUGACUGAAGGUCAUAUAGGUGUUCUCAAUCAUAUUCUUUCGUAUAAGAAAGAUAUUGCAAAGGAGGAGAAGCGAUCGCCAAUCGAUGUUAACAUGGACUCUAUUCCUGAAAGCUCGAUUCCAGGACAACACAAAGAUGGUUCAGUGACGAUACUUGAUGUUGAAGAGGAUUCUGAAGACAGUGGUGAUAUUGAGAAGAAUGUUGACCUGAUCCCCCACCUCGAGCUUCCGCCUCCUAUUCUUCCCCUCAGAAGGUACGGUCAUAACUUUUUGGAGCAAAAGGUUUUGAUUGAGCUUGUCUUCUCUAAUGAAAAAGGCUCUAUCAACCUUUUUAAUUCGGCAACAGGGCUUCAGCCAGGUAGAAUUACCAUCACAUCCAACAUCUCGGAUAUCGUUCCCAGGAACAUUCUACUCCCAACCAAUGGGGGCGAUAAAGAGACAACAAGCUGUAUUUUCCAAACAGAAGUCGACUCUUUAAAUGAGUUCAGAAUCGACUUUGAAAUCUUUCCAAAGUUUGGGACUCGUCUUAUUGCAAAGACGACGGCUUUAAAUUUGAAGCAGCUCGAUACAUCAUCUCUUGAAUUUAAUGCAAUCGUGCUUCCUCUCUUCGAUUUGAGGUUGAGAAAUAUCGGUGAACUCAAGUUCAACUAUCAAGUCAUCUUCCCAUUCUCGGGAACCUUGCUUGAGACAACCAAGUACGACACCUACUGGAAGUCUUCCACCAAUUUCGUUAAGAACAAGCCUGCCAACAAACUUAAUGGUCAAGGCUUGUCGCCUAAUAACUUCUUAUCUCCAUCGAACAUAAACAACGCUCAUGGUGAUGCGAAAAACGGAAAUGGUGUUGGUAACCAAGUCACCCUGGCAACGGCUCCAGGUGCAAAAUCAAAUUCAUCUUUCGUCACCGCCACAUCCCUCUCUGGUGACUACUUGCGAAUCAAGGUUUGUCUUCUUAACGAUGGAUCUCCAUUCGUAUGCCCUCAUUGGUCUAUCGCCGUUGCAGAAAAUGUUGAGCUUCUCUUGCCCAACUUGACUCCAGACCAAUUGACAACAAUAUCAUCAAGUCUCUUUGACUACGAUAAGAUCAUGAAUGAUCUUUCAAAAAUGACUGUAAAGGACAUUGCGCUUAUCAAAAAGCUUCUAAGAAUUAUUUAUCUUCCGCUUGAUACAUUUUUGAACGUUUUGAACCUUGAGAUCAGAUGCAGCAUAGAGCUAGUUUUCCCCUCGCUUUACGAGUUGGAUAAGAUCCCUUUUGCAGGAAACAUUCAGCUGAAUCUCAACACUUUCAUCGAUCUCACCUUGAACAGCGUUUUUGAUCAUAUAAGGGCUGUAAAGGUGAAUACGAAGAAUGAAACAAGCAGGUCAUUGAUCUUCUUGUCUUCGAAUUCGAUUGUUUGCAAGAUUUUGAACUGGAAGCAACCUAACUUCCCAGUAUUCUUGAUCAUGAAUGGUAUUGUUUACAACAAUGCUACUGGAGUCUUCGAGGCACAUUCGGCUAACGGCUUACCCAUUGAAAGCUCUGACACUAUGGGAGCACAGUCCAGUAAUUUUGAUUCGAAUGCCAAGUCAACGACGUCUGAGACGAAACUCCGAGCCAAUGAUCAGGAACUCACUGUUAGAUCUAUCAAGGACGCUGUCAACUUCACUAUUGAGAACAACCUUAUUGGUGUCAUUACUUCGAUUCAUCUACUCGAUCUAGUGCCAAAACUCAUACCAUUGAUCAGGUCUAGAGGGUUGGUGUUGGUCGCUUCUAAUGAUAUUAUGGACCCAGCGGCUAACCCUAAUUACCUGACGAAGGAGUUGGAUAUCUACAGCAGGACUGAGAUCAACGGCUUGCGGUUUGACGAUGUAUUAAGUUUCAAGGAGGAAACUGACAGAAUUUAA